AUGCGCAAGACGAGCAAGGAUGCAGAGGCAGGUGAAGAAGAUCUCGCUGUUGUUGAGCCCGGAAGAAGGGUGCGAGAUACGAAGCAAAUCGCGGGCGAAGCUGUUGUGAAUGUGGAGGAAAGCGAAAAGAAGGAUGUCAAAAUUGUCGAUUAUGAUUUGAAAAAGGUGAAACAAGAGAAGAAGUCUGCUACCUCUCAGAAAUCUCGUGCAGUCAGAGGAAGAGGAAAGAAACCCCCUGUUGUUGAGGAGAAGUGA